UGCGACAUCAAGGAAUUCAGCAAAAGGCGACGAAGGUCAUCGGUGGUUUGCCGAUAUCGACAAAGGGACCGGCCAAGUUUGGAACCAAUCAUUCACAUCGUACUACCGAAGUUGUACUCCGCCUGAUCAUUGACUCUCAGUGUUUGUCAAUGACCAAAUAAGGACCUAAGGAAAGUGAACUGAAUACGCCCUUUUUUUUCGAGCCGUACUAUCUCAACGAACAUCUCGAAAGGCGGCGCCUUCUCAAAAAUUCAUCCAAACAACCACAGCCUGUCAACUGUGAAUCGUACUUGCGGCGCAUUUUUAUAACAUCGCCGACAUCUACUUCCUUACAAUGGCAUCCAAGACUCUUUCUGUCCUCGCUCUCCUGAGCGCCGUCACUGAUGUGUCAGCCUUCUGGCGUAUGGAGUGCCGAGGCCGCACAGGCCUAGCUCGUAUUGACCCUAUCAUGGACCUAGGCGAAGUGGCGCCUCAUACCCACACUGUCCAUGGAUCUUCUGGCUUCAACCUUGCUGCUACUUUCGAUGAUCUGAUGGGAGGUAAUUGUACCUCAUGUGCCGUCACGCAAGACAAGUCGGCGUAUUGGACUCCUGCUCUUUAUUUCCAGGAUGCUUCAACGAAGGAGUUUGAGCUUGUUCCUCAAGUUGGAGGCAUGCUUGCGUACUAUCUCUUGCGUGGAGAUAACGUCACGGCCUUCCCAGCUGGAUUCCAGAUGAUUGCUGGUAGCAACUACCGUCGAGACUACACUGUCGGCGAUCCGAAGUCACCUGACCCCCCUCAAUCCAACUGGGCUGCCCUCAAGCAGACUAGCCAGGAUGACCUGGAGCAACGAGCCAUUGGGUUUAACUGUCUUGACUAUAAUAAGACGCCCGAGGCCUCAUUGUACCGUCACUACCUGCCGGAGAAGACCUACCUUGAUGGGAACUGCCCUGAUGGUCUCCGUCUUGAACUGAUGUUCCCUUCAUGCUGGAACGGCCAGACAACUUCAACGGAUCAUAAGAGCCACGUAGCGUAUCCCAGCUUGGUUGGAAAUGGCGAUUGCCCGGACACUCAUCCUCAGCGCCUGGUCACUCUGUUCUACGAAACUAUCUGGAACACCAAUGCGCAGCAGUUCCAAGGUCGACAGGGACAGUUUGUCGUUUCUAACGGCGAUCCAACUGGAUUCGGUUAUCACGGUGACUUCAUGGCUGGUUGGGACGCAGACUUCUUGCAGGAAGCUAUUAACACCUGCACGAGCGACUCCGGUGACAUUCGAGACUGUCCUCUCUUCGUAAGCCCAACUCCUCUCCAAAGUGAGGCGGAGCAGAACACUUGUAAGUUCGACAUGCCUGUUGCGUUAGCUCAGGAGGACGACUCCGCAGCGGACUUGAAGAGUCUCCCAGGCAACGUUGCGAUCCAAUCUGGUCCUCAGUCUGCUACUCCUGGCAGCGGUAACCCGAUCGACUCUGCAAUCUCUGCUGCUACCAGCUGGCUCGGUGGUGUAUUUGGUGGUGGCUCGGCAACCGCAUCUUCCAGCAUUGCCCCAAUCACCUCAUCUAUCGCAAGCUCACUCAGCCUCCCCACGGGUGGAGCCUUCAUUGAGUCGGCGGCAACGUCGUCAUCUGCAGCCUUCAAUGCACUCGGUAUGCCCGCGGCCCAAACAUCGUCUUCGAGUGUCGCUUCGAGUUCCGCGCCACCUGCGCCCACAACUACUUCCGCACCGGAAGUUGCUUCUCAGCCGGGCGUGUCCUACGAAGUUGUUAGCACCCAGACGGUCACAAACGCUGGCGUAGUCGAGGAGAUAGUUUGGAUGGAGCCUGUCGUGUACGUAACUGAUGACGUCCUGACCACUAUGACGGUGACGUCCCAACCGGCAAUCUCUGCACGAAAGCUGCGUGAAAAGCACUUAUGGCGACACCAGCACCAUGCUCGACGAUCAUAAGUGAUCAACCUAGUCAUUCUCUUCUCUUCGUUUCGGUGGAAAUAUUUUCUCGUCGAUGGGAAUUGGCGAUAAAUUUUGCAUCACGUUUCAGGGUCUGAUUCCGUUACGCCCGGAAACUUUUCAGUACAUUGGGGGGCUCCUCUCCGGAGGAGCAAGGACAUACGCGAUGGA